AACCCUAACCCGUUCACAUUUUUCAUUCAUCCAACGCUGCCUCUGUUUUUGCCGUGUUUUUCUUCUGCUUCUUCAAAUACACACAACACCAACAUCAACAUGCUUUCUCAUCACUAACAAUAUACCCUCAUAGAUUUUCACUCACCUAAGCUUUUACGCUGAGAGAUAGAUAUACGAAUUUGAAAUGGCAACGGCGGAGGCAGCUUCUGCUGGGCUUGGUCCCAGAUAUGCACCUGACGAUCCCACCCUUCCACAACCGUGGAAGGGGUUGAUUGAUGGAAGCACUGGUCUGUUAUACUAUUGGAAUCCUGAAACUAAUGUUACACAGUAUGAAAAACCAGCUCCCUUGACCCCACCUUUGCCGUCUGGCCCUGCACCUAUGGCUUCUGUGCCGAGCUUGGCGCCUAUACCUGUUGCUCAUUCAAUGCAGUCUGGUGGGAUGGUGCAACAGCAUGGACAGCAGUUGGUGCAAGUGCAACCCUCACAACAGCAGAUUGGUCACCAUGCCCAACAGCACGGUCAAUCGAUGCCGCAGCAGCAACAGCAGAGUCCCCAUUUGGCGCAUGUUGCUCAGCAGCAGCCCUCUCAGGUUGCUCAAUCUGCACAGCAGCAGAACUUGCAACUGGCGCAGCCACAGCCUGGGUUACAUCAAGCCAGACAGCAGAUGAUGCAGCCCCAAGGACAGCAGAUGAUGCAGCCUCAAGGACAGCAAAUGCAUCCUCAGAUGCUGCCGCAGGCAAUCCAUUCCAAGCAUUUCGGGCAAGGAACACCUCAGGAUCAUGGCUCGCAUGUUGUACAACCACAAGCACAUCAAUUCACUCCCCAGAACAUGCAAUAUAUGUCAUAUCAGCAAAAUAUGAUUACAUCUAGGCAACCACCAAACUCCCUUCAGCCAAACAUGGUCUCACCUGGGCAACCUAACUCCCAGCAGAUUCAACAUAACAUACAUAGUCAGCCCUUUGAAAAUCAACAAACAGUAUUUCCGAAGAUAGAGGAAGUGGAAUUUAAAAAUGGAAGCCAGGUAAGACUUUCACCAUCGCAAUAUCAACAAAGGAGUGGCUUGCCAGUUCAAAACAACCAAAGCAUUCCUGGUGAAGCCAAUUCUGGUCAAGUGCCUAAUAUAGGUGCCAAUGCUGGCCAACCGCCGCAAUUCAGGGCCUUAUCAGGAAGUGUGCAACAGUCUCCCUCUGCGAUGCAGCCACAACAAGGUGGUCCUGAUUUGUUUUACCCUCAUGGUCCUAACUUUCAAAACCAGAUGAGCGCAGGAAUGAUGCAUGGUCAUCCAUCCAAUGUACAUCCUGUUGGCCAAAAGAUGGGACAUGAGGAUAACUUACGUGGUAGAGCUGGGAAUGAAUAUUACUAUAAUUCUAACAAAGAUAUGUCAACAAUGGGUCGUCAGCAGCCGAAUAUGGCUCAAAUACCCAUUCCGAGAAAUCAGCAGGAUAUGAGGGUUGGCAAUGCUCCUUUUCAAACUGUAAUGCCUAGUGGAAAUGGAAGUGGCAUUGCUGGGAAUGCUGUGCAUAGCAUGUUUGCUCCUCCAAUAGGAGGACCUUCACCUCUCUCAACUAACUCUUUGAUGAGGCCUCCUUAUAUGGGAUCUUCAGAUGUUACUGAUCUCUCACCUGCUGAAAUUUACUGUCAGCAACAUGAAGUUACAGCAACGGGUGACAACAUUCCCCCUCCUUUCAUGACAUUUGACGCCACUGGGUUCCCUCCAGAGAUCUUGAGAGAGAUAUAUUCUGCUGGCUUCUCAAAUCCAACACCAAUACAGGCUCAAACAUGGCCUGUUGCACUACAAGGUAGAGACAUAGUGGCAAUUGCCAAAACUGGCUCUGGGAAAACAUUAGGCUACUUAAUCCCUGCCUUCAUUCUUCUUAGACAACGACAUAAUAAUUCUCUGAAUGGCCCCACUGUAUUGGUUUUGGCUCCAACACGUGAACUUGCAACACAAAUCCAAGACGAGGUCAUCAAAUUUGGACGAUCUUCACGGGUCUCUUGCACGUGCUUGUAUGGUGGAGCACCUAAAGCCCUUCAACUAAAAGAGUUAGAUCGGGGAGCAGACAUUGUUGUUGCCACACCUGGUCGGCUCAAUGAUAUUCUUGAAAUGAAGAAAAUUGACUUUGGGCAAGUUUCACUUCUUGUGCUUGAUGAGGCUGACCGAAUGCUUGAUAUGGGUUUUGAGCCUCAAAUACGUAAGAUUGUGAAUGAGAUUCCACCACACAGACAAACUCUCAUGUACACAGCAACCUGGCCAAAAGAAGUAAGAAAAAUUGCUAGCGAUCUUCUUGUUAAUCCUGUCCAGGUUAACAUUGGAAGUGUGGAUGAGCUUGCUGCAAAUAAAGCUAUCACACAGUAUGUUGAAGUUGUCCCACAAAUGGAGAAACAGAGGCGUUUGGAGCAAAUCCUCAGAUCCCAAGAACGAGGUUCUAAGGUCAUAAUAUUUUGUUCCACAAAGAGGUUAUGUGAUCAGCUUGCCCGUAGUAUUGGCCGCAGUUUUGGGGCUGCUGCAAUUCAUGGAGACAAGUCUCAAGGUGAGAGAGACUGGGUUUUAAGUCAGUUCCGCAGUGGAAAGUCACCAAUUCUGGUUGCCACUGAUGUUGCUGCUCGUGGACUUGAUAUUAAAGAUAUAAGGGUGGUGAUCAAUUAUGAUUUCCCCACUGGAAUAGAGGACUAUGUGCACCGUAUUGGAAGAACUGGAAGGGCAGGUGCUACUGGAGUGUCAUAUACCUUUUUCUCUGAGCAGGACUGGAAACAUGCUGGUGAUCUAAUCAAAGUUUUGGAGGGUGCUAACCAGCAUGUCCUUCCAGAGUUAAGACAGAUGGCCUUGCGUGGGCCACCAAAUUUUGGGAAGGAUCGGGGUGGGAUUAGUCGAUUUGACUCUGCUGGUGGUGUUGGUGGGCGUUGGGAGGCUGGUGGUCGUGGUGGCGGCAUGAGGGAUGGGGGCUUUGGUGGUCGUGGUGGUGGCAUGAGAGAUGGUGGCUUUGGUGGACGUGGUGGCGGUGGCAUGAGGGACAGUGGCUUUGGUGGACGUGGUGGCGGCAUGAGGGAUGGUGGCUUUGGUGGACGUGGAGGCAUGAGGGAUGGUGGCUUUGGUGGUCGGGGUGGCAUGAGGGAUGGAGCUAGUGGGCAAGGUGGGAGAGGUGAUUUCUUUCCUGGUAGGGGCAACAGGGGCAGGGGAUCUGGUGGCCCUCGUGGAGGUCAUAUUAGUUGGGGUAGGGGUGAACGUGGUAUGGAUGACCGAUACAACAUGGAUGGGCGGGGACAAGGGCGCGGACGUGGACGAGGACGAUUUGACAAUAGAAGAGAUGUUUCUUACAGAAAUAGAGCCAGAAGUUAUAGCGGUAGCCCUGAAAGAGUCAGAACAUGGGAUUAUAGCAGAAGUCGCAGCAGAAGUAGAAGCAGAAGCAGGAGCUGGAGCAGGGGUCGCAGUCGUAGCCGCAGCUGGUCUCGUGGUCGCAGUCGCAGCUAUAGCCGCAGUAUUAGUCCACGUCGGAGUCAUAGUCGCAGCCGUAGCCGUGGUCGGAGUUACAGCCGCAGCCCUAGCCGGAGUCACAGCCCCAGUUAUGAUAAGCGUGAUAGGUCUGAUCAACAACUUUCUGAUCAGAAGGAUCUACAUGAAGCUGGAGCUUCUGAUCCAAGCAUGUUUACCAUGUCUCCCGGCACGCAUGGGAAUCCAUUUUUGGGAACUGAAAACGUGGAGCAGCAACCUGCCAUUGGGAGUAAUGAUCCAGAUAAUCCAGAGGCUGUAGCAGACCUUGGUCAUCAAUCAGCUUCUGAUAUCUAAAACUGUGGUUUGAUUCUCGACUUAUGUUUUUUGGAAGGGAAUUCUAACUUUUGUCUUCUGAGUGCACUGGUGGCUAAAUUAACCUCUCUCUUUUGUUUAAGAUUGUCUUUACAUGGUGAUUAUAUGAUGGAUAGAAUUCAUAUGCGGGUUAGGGGUGUUAGAAAUUGAGUGAACAGUUUAAUAUGAUAUACUGCAGCAUUGUUGAGUGAGAGUUGUUUAAUGGUAACAGAAGAUCGUUAAUUCUCAUCUAUUUGCGAUGGCUCAUCAAGCUUGAGGUUGAAUUGAAGGGCAUAUUAUUAUUUAAUAUUUUCGUGUAGUUGUAUUAGUUGUGGAAUUGAGAUAAACAAUUGUACAAGAUUUCAUCAUCAAUUAUUGUUUUGUACUAGGCUAGAGCUCAAGUCAGAACUUUGGGGUAAUUGUUUUAUUGUGCC